AUGUCGAAAUGGAAGGCUGAAGAUCGCCCAAUUGCACCGGCUGCGAAGGUAAAUGUCAACCUGCCAUGGCCGGAUAUCCCUGGCUUGAAGAGCGAAGAAGAGGUUACGACCGACCGUUCGCAAUCCGAAUACCGGAAGAUGGUCGAUAAUUCACGGCAAGUCAAGACAUUCACCAAAGCCGCUCCAACGAUCGUCGAUGCAAAGCUUCACACAAUCGCAACGAAGGCAGACAUUCAAAAGAUCCAAGACAUGGAAGCUCAGACGUUCGGUAGCACCAGAAAAGCUCGGAGAGGAGUUUACAGAGGUCAGCCCAUGUUCAUGCUUGUCGACGUGCAGAUCCUUCAAUACAUCCAAAUAUGCAAGGCCGUCAGAGACGAUUUGGGCGUGUGGUUACCAAAGGUGAUGAUUCAAUCGCCAAAUGCCGCCAGAGCAUUGCCAGCCAUAAAUGCAGCAGCAGCAUGCUAUAUUGAAACUGGUGAUGUGAGACAGGCGCUAUUGGUAUUAGCCGAAGCUGCAGAUAUCAUCAACCAAGAGAUCGGUUCGGGAAAGCCUCCAAGCAACACUUGUCAUUGCAACGCUUCUUUGAAGAAGACCUCGUUCCAUGCAUGUGGCAAUUGUCUCGAGAUGCUAGUCUACGAGAGCCGGCAACAGGACUGGCGCGGAGUCUGGAUCUGCUUGUUCUGCCAAAUCAGAGAACGCAAUGUGACGCCACGAAACAUGAGCAGCAGAAGAUCUACUAAGAAGCAUGGCAAGAUUUGCAGCGGUAUAAUCACAAACUCGACGGCUUACUUUGACGAUUACCGGUCGAAGAACAUCAACCCAGCAGCUGACGCCCACCUGGAGGGUCACACCAAGUACAGCCCCAACCUUCCUUCGGUUGAUGGUAUCUUCGCCUUUUACGAGUGCAACGGUCGACUGAGAUACCAUUGCAAGGGUAACGUCGCAGUAACUACAGUAGCUUUGAACUACAUGAAACAUAUCCACGACCCAGCACUUCAAUCACAUCUUUCAGAGUUCUUCAACGGCCCCCAGACAAAAGAAGCUCGCCUCAAAGUGUUGGAAAAAGCGACCAACAGUACCCUUAUUCGUAUGAAGGUGCCAUACAAACUCAAGGCCAGGACUGCAAAGUCAUCCAAAUGGUCAUGUGUCGACGCUGACAUCCUGGAAUGGACAUCGGAUAGGCUGAGCAGGUCACUAUCCAAGAUCUUCUCGACCAAGCGUCUCUGCAUACAUGGCUACAUCAAGACUGGAAACGCGGAAAGAUGGGUUGCGCGUGACCGGGAACGUCUCCUCAAGAUCGUCCGCCAAAUCGAGCUUCGAUUCAAUGUCUCUUUACCGUCUCAUCUCGUAAUAGAGCGAGAACUCCCGAGAGCAGCUAUCUUAUCAUCCCUCCGUGAGGACUCUCUCGUACCAGAACACGACUGUGCCUUUUUACUGCUGCUUGUUGCUCUGAUCUAUCGUAGAUGA